UAACAGAGAGAGAGAGAGAAAGAGAGCGAGAGAAAUAGAGAGAGGGAGCGCGUUCAUUUGAUUUUAUAGCAUAAACUACAGCGGAGAGAGAGAGAGAAAGAGAGUGAUGAAGACAGAGAGCUAGUGCACUGACUGAAUUUAUAGUUGACCAGGUCGAGUGGAGAUAGAGGCAGAGGCGGCGGCGCGACUUUCCCUGAAGUUGAAGCCUGUAUUUCGGUCAACUGUCUGAGGACGCGGCCGGAGUCGUCUCAGUAUUUUGGAUUUCGUUCAACGACGGCGAAACAGGCGCGGGCUUUGGUGUCUGUCUAAACAAGAAAAGAAAAGAAAAGAAGAAGCUCGCGACUGAAAUUGACAGAAGAAGUUGAAGUUGGUCAUCGCGGCAGUGUGUAAAUGUUGUGACAUUUUUCGGAGAGCAUUCGUUGCUCCAGCGGUCGACAGGUCGAGUGGCGGGGUUCCAAACCCCGAGCUGUCAAACUCCGAUGACGACGGCAAACUGCCCCGGGAAUGAAGAGCUCGACUUCAGACUGAUCUUCGGGGAGGACGGGCAACAGCAGCCGUUAGGCCCCGCAGAUCUGGAGCCUGAUGACAACACAUCAUUCUACAUCCUAAAUGUGGGCCAGCCACAGGCUAUUGUCACUAACCACCAGUCGAUUGGCCUGCCCCGUCAUGGCAUGCAGUCUCACUCCCACAUCAUCAACACUUCCCCACGCCUUCAGUCACACAAACCAGGAUGUGAUCCUCCAGGUUAUGGGGCACAAGACUCCAAGUAUGGCUCUUCACCCCUGCUGCCCUCUGCACCCAUGGAGGCACCAAAGGCCUUUGAGUGCCCCAGUAUUCAAAUCACCUCCAUCUCCCCUAGCUGCCAGCAGGAGAUCGAUCCCAGGGAGGAGGAUCUGCAGGCCAAUGGCCCAGAUGGGGACUAUCAUGGUGACAGGCCCCUCUCCAGAGACCACCUGUAUUUGCGGCUGGACCACUCAUACCGGGAGUCUUCGCUUAGCCCAAGCCCAUGCAGCAGUCUCUCUUCUAGGAGCUGGUUCUCUGAUGCCUCAUCCUGUGAAUCAUUUUCACACGUCUAUGAUGAUGUUGACUCAGAGCUGAAUGAAGCAGCAGCCAGGUUUACCCUGGGCUCCCCACUCGCUUCCCCAAGCUGUGCCUCUCCACAAACUGGUAGUGGAGUUCUGGAGGAGCAGCCCCACUGGCAGCACCACCACCAAGCGUUUGGGCAACACUCCCACUCAGUCAGCUUUUCACCUCGACAGUCCCCCUGCCACUCUCCACGUACGAGUGUGACUGAUGAAAAUUGGCUUAGCCCACGGCCACCUUCCAGGCCCUCUUCACGUCCCACCUCACCCUGUGGGAAGAGGCGUCACUCUAGCGCCGAUAUUUGUUAUCCUGGCUCAUUGUCUCCACACCACUCACCCUCCCCAACACCAGGACCUUCACCUAGGGGCAGUGUAACAGAGGACACUUGGGCUGGUAGUCCUUCAGUGGGCAUGUCGCCCUUCCAGUGUUUCCCAUCUGAGGCAGACAUCCCGUCUAAGACAAGGAAAACUUCACAGGACAGAACAACUGUGCAGUCUGGGAAAGGGGAGCUAGGGCUAGAUGACCAAGGAAAUAUGUCUCCUAAUCUAGACUCUCCCACAGAUGAGGCCCUGCACAGCCUGAAGAAAGAUGGCCUUGGGGAACAGUUUCUCUCAGUGCCCUCCCACUUUUCAUGGAAUAAACCCAAGCCCGGUCAUACACCUAUAUUCAGGACCUCCUCCCUGCCUCCACUAGAUUGGCCAUUGCCAAGCCAGUUUGGCCAGUAUGAAUUGAAGAUAGAGGUACAACCCAAAGCCCAUCACCGAGCACACUAUGAGACCGAGGGCAGCCGAGGAGCCAUCAAAGCAGCGUCUGGUGGCCACCCAGUUGUCAAGCUCCUUGGCUACAGUGAGAAGCCCCUCAACCUGCAGAUGUUCAUUGGAACAGCAGAUGACCGAUACUUGAGGCCACACGCCUUCUACCAGGUGCAUCGGAUCACCGGGAAAACUGUAGCCACAGCCAGCCAAGAAAUAUUGAUCACUAGCACCAAAGUCCUCGAAAUUCCUCUCCUGCCUGAAAACAACAUGUCAGCCAGUAUCGACUGUGCUGGCAUCCUCAAGCUGCGGAACUCAGACAUUGAGCUGCGGAAGGGAGAGACCGAUAUAGGGAGAAAGAACACACGGGUCCGCGUGGUGUUCAGAGUCCAUAUCCCUCAACCCAACGGAAAGGUGCUGUCACUGCAGGCUGCCUCCAUUCCUGUGGAGUGUUCCCAGCGUUCAGCACAAGAGCUGCCCCAGGUAGAGAAAUCCAGCCUGACCAGUUGUGCAGCCAGUGGAGGAGAAGAACUGAUCAUCACAGGCUCCAACUUCUUUCCAGAAUCCAAGGUCAUCUUCCUGGAGAAAGGCCCUGAUGGACGUCCACAAUGGGAAGUUGAAGCAAAAAUAGUACGAGAGAAAACUCAAGGAUCUUGCAUUGUGGUGGAGGUUCCUCCCUACCACAGUAAGACUGUGGGCUCAGCUGUGCAGGUGCAGUUUUAUGUAUGCAAUGGCAAGCGGAAAAGAAGCCAGUCACAACGCUUCACUUACCUUUCAGUCAUGGUGAAACAGGAGCACAGAGACGAACUGGACCUUGCCUCAGUUCCCCCUAUGUCCAUGCCCCUGACACAUGCUCCCAGUCUGGUGCACACCCAGCUGCCUUCUCCUGAGCAGGGCCACCCAUCGGACAACCUUAUGUCCAGCUCCCCUCACGGCCUGGCCACGAGCUCUGGACCUGGCCUGCUCCCUCUGCAGGCUUCCUGCCCCUCCCUGGGCUCCCCAUCUUUCCAGCACCUGCCUCACCUUCAGAGUCACAGUUUGCACCACCCCCCUGCAGAUUGCCACAUGACUUUCCACCCGAGUUCUGCUUCUGCUCCUCUUUCUGCGCCUUCCCGACCCUCCUACCAGCCUAUGCAGCACAGCCAUGGUCAUAGUCUGCCUUUCAAUGGCCAGUCCAACCUUCCUCCUCAGGGCUAUGAGAGGAUGCCAUUUCAGCAGAGCCCCAGUGCAGCAUCACACCCAAUGAGUAUGGGGAUGGUGUACCCCUCUUCCCCUUGCUCAUCCCCAUCAGGUCCAUCCCCUUCAAGUUCCAAUCACAUUGCUGGAUCUCCCCAGAACCAGCAACCCCUGCUCUCCCCUUCAUCUCCACACCUCCACUCGCUUGGGGGCUAUCAUUGCUCUCCAAAUGCGUCCCAGGUUCCCUCUGCGAGUGGUCACCCUCUUGUAGGGCAGCACUCCUCCCAGCUGCAGAGGGCUAUUGGUUACCACCCGGUAAGUCAAAGGUCAUCCUCCUGCCCCACACCGACUAGUGCCCCUCCGCCACGGAUGAUCCCCUCUCCACACUCAGGGCCUUCCUCCCCUCAGCUUCACUCGCUGCCCUACCAGUCUCCCACCUCCUCCUCCCCUACUUCAGGUGGCAGUCCUCUGGGGCCACUUCAACAGCAGCCUUCUCCACAGGCAACCAGUCCUGUCAUGGCAAGCCUGUCCCCAGCAGCAGCAGGCCCUCUGGUUCACCCACUUAGUCCUCAGGGACCCUUUCCAUUGGACAGCGAGAGGCUGAACAUCAAGCAGGAACCAGAGGACAAGGAGCCAACCUUCCGCUCCAUUGGCCUGCAGGACAUCACACUAGACGAUGUGAAUGAAAUCAUCGGCAGAGACAUGUCUCAGUCCCCCGGCGCUCACGUGUCUCCAUCAUCACACAGCCAGUCAUAGUUCAGCUCCACCUCGUCUCCUGCCAUUCUUCACUCCACUCCUGCACUGACUGAUCCUGAUCCUGAUCCUGAUCCUGAUCCUGGCCGACGUCCUGGACCUGUGUGCGAUGGGAGACUAUAGUCAAAGUCAGAGUAUGGUUGGUGAUUGUGUUCAGUCCUGAUGUACCCGUUAGACCACCAGCCUGACAAGAGGACGCACGUCUGAUGUCAUUUAAAACUGAACGGUGUCUUAUACUCAGCGACACAACAGAACUCACAGCUGUAAACACAAACAUAUGCAGGAGACGUAACAGCCACGUAGAUGAACUUGUGGAAUAGUCAGGUGCAGUGUAAAAAUGUUGCUCAGUUCUCAGACGCCCAGCUCAGUGCAGACAGGACUACAGGUCGUCCUGCUGCUGCUGCGUCUCUCUCUCACCAGCCACGUUGACGUCCAGCGAAGACGUCACAACAUAUAAAACAUUAAAAAUGAUUCAGAGAGC